AUGGAAACGAGCUGGCUCACCGGCCCGGAAUACCUCAGAAAACCAGAGGGUACCCCUCAAGCAGAUGAAACAUUCGAACUCAGCGCAAGGGACCUUGAAGUCCGCAAAGGAGUGUUCAGCGCCAAAGUGAAGACAACUAAAGAAAGGAGGUCGGACCUUGGAGCAGAAAGGUUUGAGAAGUUUUCCUCGCUGAAAUCUCUGCAACGAGCGAUCGCAAAUCUAAUCGUUGUAGUCAGAGAAUUUAAGCGCCGGAGAGAUGACGAAGCGACAUCGGCCAAACCGAGGAGUAAACCAGAUAAAGUACAAGGAAAACUCAGACCACCAACCUUGGAAGAGUACGAUCAAGCCCUGCGUAUCGUAAUCAGCACCACGCAGAAAGCGGCAUUUGGUGAGCUACUAACAACUGCAAGAAUUGAGCCUGAGCUAUCGAGGGAAGCCGAGAGUAGUGCCAAGAAAGCUCUCAAGGGAUCGCAACUGUACCGUCUCCUCCCGUUCCUUGAUGGCGACGGAAUUCUGCGCGUCGGAGGCAGACUAAGAAGAGCAGAAAUGGAGUACGGAGAGAAACACCCGAUCGUGUUACCGAAGAAUAACCAUGUGUCACAGCUAGUAGCGAAACAUUACCACCUCAAAGUUCACCACCAAGGGAGGCAAAUUACUGGAGGAGCAAUUCGGCAAGCAGGAUUCUGGCUUGUUGGAGGUCACGAUACUGUGACGAAGAUCAUUGGAGCCUGUGUUCCUUACAAGAAACUAAGAGGACCACCCCUGGUUCAGCGCAUGGCAGACCUCCCGCCCGAUAGAACCGAAGUCUACCCCCCCUUCACUAACGUGGGCUUCGACGUCUUUGGCCCCUGGACGGUGCAAACGCGGAAAACGAGAGGAGGAGCCGCGAAUGCUAAGAGGUGGGGCCUAGUGUUUACAUGCCUCAGCAGUAGAGCCAUCCACAUAGAGGUACUGGAGGCCAUGGAUGCCAGCGCAUUUAUCUGCGCGCUGAGGAGAUUCUUCGCUUUACGCGGUCACGCCAAACUCUUUAGAUGUGACCGUGGUACUAACUUCGUGGGAGCAAACACAGAGCUACAAGAAGCGGCGCCUGAGUUCGAUGAGAAGAAGGUGGAGAAAUUCGCGACGGAGCACGGAUGCAAAUGGGAGUUCAACCCUCCCCACGCAUCACAUUUCGGUGGCGUAUGGGAGAAACAAAUUGGCACCAUACGACGUGUACUGGAUGCUAUGUUCGCUGAACUAGGCAAAACCCAACUUACGCACGAAUUACUGGUCACGCUAAUGGCCGAAGUGGUAGCCAUAGUCAACGCCAGACCGAUAUCUGCACUGCCAUCCGACAAUGACGAUCUACAACCUCUGUCCCCUGCAAUGCUACUCACGAUGAAAACACGCCGAGCUGGACCCCCACCAGGCCAGUUCCUACGCGCCGACAUCUAUGCACGCCGUCGCUGGAGAAGGGUCCAGUUUCUAGCUGAGCAAUUCUGGACAAGAUGGCGACGAGAGUACUUACAAAGCCUACAGCCUCGACAGAAAUGGACCGAGACGAGACGAGAUUUACGCGUGGGGGACGUAGUGCUCGUGCGAGACGAGCAGCAGCAUCGUAACAACUGGCCAUUGGGAAGAGUAGGAGAUGUGAUACGAAGCGAGGACGACAGAGUUAGGAAAGUCAGGGUAGAGAUCAUCAAAGACGGAGAGAGGAAGGCGUAUCUACGACCUAUUAAGGAACUUAUACUACUUCUGCCUGAUGAUGGAGCCGAACCAAACUAUGAGUGA